GAACGAGGUUAAAGUCGGAGGUUUUUUUGUAAGACACACAAACAAGCUCCGAACGUGCACGCAACUCAGAAUGUCGUCCUUCACACAUCAGGCGGCUCCGUCGACGUCUAAACAACACACAACUGUUAAUAGAAACCAGAGCAGCAGCUUUUUACCGCUUCUACCGGUCAUGAUGUUCCUACUUGUGGGAUUGGUCUCCGUCAUCCGAGCCGAUGAGUGCCAAUUAACUCCCGUUAUUCACGUUCUCCAGUAUCCUGGAUGCAUCCCGAAACCGAUUCCGUCAUUCGCCUGCACCGGUAAAUGCACCAGCUACGUCCAGGUUUCCGGAUCGAAACUGUGGCAAACGGAGCGUUCGUGCAUGUGCUGCCAGGAGUCAGGUGAGCGUGAAGCCACCGUCUCCCUGCUGUGUCCGAAAGCCGCACCUGGAGAACCAAAACUGCGACGGGUCGUGACACGGGCUCCAGUCGACUGCAUGUGUAGGCCUUGCACGGCCCUGGAAGAGAGUGCCGUCAUGCCACAAGAAAUCGCCCGCUUCCUAGACGACGGAUCCUUCCCUUUCAAACUCUAAAAAAAUACAGAAAAAAGAAAAAUAAUUAUUAUUACAAAAA